AUGCGCAAGUGUAUAGUGUGCGGAAAUACAUCUAAUAACACCAAUGUCAAUCGUCAAGGAGAAUCACCAAGACGGUCAUCUAGACUUACUAGAAACAAUGAGGAUAUGAGUAAUAAAAAUAUGCUGAUUGCUGAAAAGAGAGAACUUGUAUUACAACUAAGAAAAACCAUGGCAGAAACUAAAAGAAAUCGUCAACACAGACUCCAUAGACUCAGAACCAUCCAGAAUUUAAUAAUUAUUUUUUUUUAUUAUAAUUUAUAUUCAUAA